AAGAACCGUGUGUCGAACAGGAUUUCGCCGAUUGUUCAAACACCGAUUGACUUAAAAUGAGGUGGCAUCGGGAUAUUACAGUUUCACCGUUCACACAAUCUCGUGCUAGUCGCUUGAAUUGUCGAAGGGAGGGGAUUUUAUACGCACGUAAUGAUCGCGUGAGGACGUUUUUAGGGAGAAAAGGAGGAUGAAAUGAAAUCGAUGGGUGAGGAACCUCGGCGAGAGGAGUGUUUGGAAAGAGUUUGCGAGUACCGUAUGUAAAACAGCGCAAACCUGACUGCGUGUGUACAGCUGUGACUCCCGUUGGCAUGGUUGUUUGACUUUUGUUGCGAGAUAAGAGAAAGGGGUUUGCAUUUGGCGGGCUGGAGUUUUUGGCAUUCAUUUGAGGAUGAUAUUAGACACUCGGGUCGAGAUACGAUGGAAAUUAAAGGGUUUGAAAUUGUGAAACAGGGCGCUGAAGCCCGACUAUUUAAAGGAACGUAUCUUGGGCGACCAGCCCUGAUUAAAGAAAGAUUUGUUAAAAAAUACAGACACCCUGAUCUAGACACGCUCCUGACUAAAGAUAGAACCAAGGGCGAAGCACGCGCGAUUGUUCGUGCCAAGGCCGCCGGUGUAAAAACACCAGCAUUAUUCUUAGUUGAUUUUGAUCGACGUCGUAUAUAUAUGGAGUAUAUCAAUGAUGCAAUCACGUUAAAAGAUUACAUAGACUCUAAUAUCUCUGACAAAGAAAAUGUGGGCUGUUUGAUAAGUUUCAUUGCAGAGCAGGUUGGAUCUGCCGUUGCCAGAUUACAUUCAAGAAACAUCAUUCACGGGGACCUGACAACCUCAAAUAUGCUUCUGAAAAAUUAUCCCGUGUCGCAAAGAGAAUGUACGGGUGAAAAAGAUGAGAAAAAUAAUUUCGAAGGAGAGAUUAUCCUGAUAGAUUUCGGACUAGCUCAUGUCGAAUCUACAGCAGAAGACAAAGCCGUGGAUCUGUAUGUGCUGGAGAGAGCCUUGCUUAGUGCGCAUUCGGAGGUGCCAAGUUUGUUUCCCGAAAUGUUGCAGUUUUACCAAAAAUUCUGCACAUCAAAGGACAAACGCGAUGUUAUUGCAAAAUACAAGGAAGUUCAGGCACGCGGUCGAAAGCGUCUUAUGAUUGGAUGAUCGAGAUUUGACAGAUAGGAAGACUUUCAUGCUCUCAUUUAUGAAAUGUCAUUCGAAAUGAUUUUCUUUAAAGUUUUCUAAAAAGAAUAAAAUCUGUCAUCUACAUGGAUAUGGAUGUUUCCUAGACAAUUCCAGAGCCAACAGCAAAAACUCCACAGCCUUUGUUCAAACUUACAAUUAGAUCUGGAAAUGACUGCUUCACUAAAUGAAGACAUUUAAAGUGUGCGAAAUGUGUUUAUAAAUGGAAUUUACAUUGCGACGUGGCGUUAUAAUACAAGAUCACGUUCGAUGCAUCCGGUAUGUUGUGAAUAUUCAAAUAUCGUGAAUUAUAGUUCUUACGCUGCUCUCGAUGCAGUAUAUAAUAAAUAGGAAUUAAUUAAUCUGGUUCAAAUUCAUCGUAUUACAUUAUACAGAGCUUAUCAAUUAUGCUAGAUAUACUAGAUGUCUCACUGUUGUUUGGCAGGUUAUUGAGCAGCUAUUUCUCUCCUAAAUUGGUAUCAGUCGAAGUGAAGACCAGAAUAUAUUAUUAUCCAAGUUACC